UCGGAUGUAUACUACACCUUCACGAUUACGGUAAUCAUGGGCACAGGAAAAGCUGCAGCAGAAAGCGAAAGCGAAAUGAUUACCGUAUAUGUUCCAAAAGGCGAGUGUCUAGAAUGCAUAUCAAACAAAAAAAAAGGUUUUGAAAGAAAAGUGAAGCCAAUUUUAUUGGUUGCAGGACGAUUGACACCUUCACUUAUGCGGUUAGGAAGUCGAGAACUGAAAGUAUCAUUCGAAAAUGACCAGCAGGUGUUCUCUCCACUAAAUGGUGAAAUAAGCAACAUAGCCGUGAUAGUCACUGAUGACUCUGAGCUUAAUGACGACGAAUAUGAGCUGAAAUCGUGGUUCGAGGUCAGGGAAGAAGAAACUUGGGGAUCCUACAGGGCUUCACCUUCUGAUUGGAAUCCAUUUUCUCGGAACAUACGUAAUGCUUCCUUCACCAUUGGCAGCGAUGACUGUGUGCGGCGAAGUCUCGAUGAACCGUAUUGCAAUGGCAUUCUCCGAGCCAACAUUGACUACAAAGUAAAACUUCGUGCUUAUAUGAAAAAUAGCAUAGCGAUGGAAAGUGACUGGAUAAUCAUUGAUGGAACAGCGGAAGAGAACAAUGAGGAGGAGGACAAAUAUGAACGGCGUCAUCCCUGUCAUAUGUAUCUGAACGGUUGCCCUAGGAAAUCUGCAAUAGUGAACACAAAGUCGCUAAUUUGGCUGUACACAGCUACGGAAAUCUGCAAUAGUGAACACGAAGUCGCUAAUUUGGCUGUACACAGCUACGGUAAUGAUACGGUUACUGUAGCCUACAAAGUUUACAAAGCCUGCGAUCAUCGCGUCCUUUAA